AUGCGUUGCCCACAUACUAGAGAUGUGCUUUCUACGGCGUUGAUGGACUGCUUUUAUGAGUGGAGUAUUGAUUCAAAGCUGUCCGCAUUGACGGUUGACAAUUGCUCCACCAAUGAUGUGGUUGUCCAAGAUAUUUUAGGUGAGCUUCAACGUUGCACCCUUAUGUUACAUGGCGAAUUUUUUCAUAUGCGUUGUUGUGCACAUAUUCUCAAUUUAGCUGUUCAAGAUGGAUUAUCGAUUAUUGGGGUAGUAAUAUCCAAAAUCCGUGAAACUGUUUCCUAUUGGAUGACAUCGCCUAAAAGGGAGCAAAAAUUUGUGGAAAUGGCACGUUGUGAAGCUAGGUCAAGACACGUUGGAAUUCAACUGAACAUGAACUCCUCCGGAGUCGAGCUCAAUAAGGUUAUCUUCGUAAUAGGGUCGACUGGUACGGGAAAGACCAGACUCUCCGUUGCCCUUGCUACUCAAUUUUCGGCGGAGAUUAUCAAUUCUGACAAAAUCCAAGUUUACAAGGGGCUGGAUAUCAUCACCAACAAAGUCUCUUCCCAUGAAACUCGCGGUGUACCUCACCAUUUGUUAGGGUUUCUGGACCCUGAUGAAGAUUUCACAGCUCAAGAAUUUUGUCGACAUACCAUGAUGACCAUUCAUCGUAUUAUAGAAAAGGGUCGUAUCCCGAUCAUCGUAGGUGGUUCGAACAACUAUAUCAGAGCUCUCGUAGAAGAUCCAACUAUACAGUUUAGGAAAAACUUUGAUUGUUGUUUUCUAUGGAUGGAUGUAUCAUUACCUGUUUUGCACAGGUACGUAGGCAAACGGGUUGAUAACAUGGUUGAAUUGGGGUUAGUGGAUGAAGUCAGGGAAAUGUUUGAUCCUGAGGCAGACUAUACGCGGGGAAUCCGACGAGCUAUUGGGGCUCCGGAGAUGCACAAGUACCUGGAAAUUGAAGGUCAUGACAUGGUUAAUGAAACCACUAAAAAGAUCUUACUCAAUGCUGCUAUCGAAGAGAUCAAGGAUAACACCUGUAAAUUGGUGAAUAGUCAGCUUGAGAAGAUUCGAAGACUUAGAGAUGAGCUCGGGUGGGAGAUUCACCAGAUUGAUGCGACUUCUGUAUUUCACAACAAUGGGAAGAAAGAAGCAGAAGAAGCCUGGGAGAAUGCAGUGAUGAAACCUAGCUUGAAGAUAGUUGGAAAUUUUUUGAAAGAGAAGAAGAAGAGUCAUCAUGUUAAGUCUUCUACCUACUACUUUCAAGUCUUAUUCUCGAGUUCGUCAGGGAAUUUCAAUGGCGAAUUAGAAGGACAAUGA